UGCUGCCUAUGUCAUCACCAACACUGUUGUCAAAUGAGAACCUACAUCUUACACCAUGAGUGAAUUCUGCCUUCUCUAUCUGCUCCUGCUCCUCUUGAUGAGAUCUGGUGACGUUGAAACCAAUCCAGGUCCUAACACUGCAGAAAGUACUGUCAGUGAAAUGGAGUUCCUGAAGCUGGCCCGGAACAUCCCUCCAUCUCACUACGAGGAUGUAGGGAUAUCUCUAGGGAUCCCCUAUGCUCAGCUACAGGCAAUCCUAAGUGAGAAGCUGAAGAACUACAAAAAUGCCUUAAUGGAUGUGUUUAUGAAAUGGAAUGUCAUGCAGCAACCUCCACACUCAAACAAACGACAGCUUUUGGCAGAAAAACUACGAGAGAUUGACCUGGGUGGCCUAUCAGACAGAUUACUCAAUGGACCUCCAAUUUCAAACAGCACAGGAGGGCCAUCAAGACUGCUUGAAUCACAGACCAAACCUCCUUCAGCUGAAUCCGAGACCAAAUCACUUUCUCCUGAACUGGUUGAGCGGUGUGCAAAGGAUUUCAAGUUCAAGUACAGGUCAACUCUCUGUAAGAUCAGAGCUGAUCCUCUCAAGCCUUCUUCUCUUGUGGGUUUUGAAAAACUACACACAAGUCUUGUGUUGGAAAAAGAGGAUGGAAUUGGCAAGCAAACAUUAGAUUAUGACAAUUUUCUUGAUCUCAAAGUCAAUCGAGAGUUCCCCACAAGGAUCAUGGUUCAGGGAGAGGCAGGGGCUGGAAAAACUACAUUUUGUGCUAAGAUUGCCUGGGACUGGAUUGAAGGGAGGCAUUUCAGUCACUUUGUGUGGGUCUUGAUCGUUCCUCUACGUGAAUUUAAGCAACGCACUAUUGGCGAGAUCGCAAAGUCUUAUCUGGACAAAAGCAAUCCAGCAACGGUUUCCCAGAUAAUUGAGUAUAUCCGGUCAAAUCCUGACAAGGUAUUCAUCGCAUUUGAUGGGCUAGAUGAAGUCAGUGGUAAAAUCUUAAAGACAAAAUCUCACCAAUCACAGCCUACUAAUCAAAUGCAACUUCAGCCAUCACAGCCAAGCGUCUCCUCAGAGGCAUGUGGAAGUUCAUCUGAGAUUGAUGAUAUUGGACUUGGAGAUAUUCUUUGUUCAGAUCAACUUGCCUCUUGCCCAGUCUUGGUGACCACUCGCCCAUGGAGAGCAGUAGAGAUUAGAUCAGAUGGGGAUCUAAUGAAGCUCUACACAUUCAUUCAUGUAGAGGGUUUCAACAGAGAGAAUUUGUCACUUUACAUUCACAAAUACUUUCCAAAGAAUAAGGAAAAAGCAAAUCAGCUUAUCCAGUUCAUCAGUGAGAAUGAUGCCAUAUAUGAAAACAUGGCCCACUACCCUAUAUAUGUAGCUAUGUUGUGUCUUAUGUGGAAAGAACUUGACAAGCAAAAACUAAAGGAAAUGAAACCCCUGAAAACUUUUUCUCAGAUAUUCAAAGAAAUGAUUGCCUUUCUAAAAGAGCAUUAUGCUCAGAAAAAGGAGAAGAAGGUAGGCAGCCCGGCAUAUCUUGCCUAUUUGAAAGAAAUUGAUGAGCUCCUUGGACCGAUUGCCAAACAAGCUCUCACUGGUCUGCUAGAAAAUACCUUGAUUUUCAAUGAAUAUGACUUCAAAAUAUGCCCCAAAUCCAAGGACACUGCCUGUAGGGUUGGGAUUUUGUCUCAGGAGGACAGAAUUACCACUAGCAUGGACAUACAUAAGGGGACUUCUCAUGUGCAAUUGCCAGUCUUCUUCCCUCACAAACUGUUUCAGGAGUACAUGGCUGGAGUCCAUCUUGCUUCCCUGUAUGAUACAGAUCGUAAUGAAUUCAACAGGCUGAUUGAGGAGGUAGUGAUGCCAAGGAAGGCGGAGUUUAGGUAUCUCCUGUACUUUACUGUGUCACAGAACAAAUGUACUGCAACCCAUGUAGUGAAGUCUAUGCUUCAGGGACUAAGCAUGGACUUGUGGGACAUAGAAAAAGAGUUACCUUUCAUUGUUGAUGUAGCCUUCGAGAGUCAGGACCCAGAUGUAGCAGCCUUGGUGAAGGACAGGGUUGCAUCAGAGGAGAUAGGGCUGACCAUAUCCAGUGGCAUGACAGCACACACUGUAGCUGGUUAUGCAUUCAUUGGACCACAUGUGGUUAAACUCUGUACUGAGAGAAAUUGUGGACCUACUAUGUCACUUGAUGUGGCAGAGACGAUGUGCUCCAUACCAUCCUUGAAGGAAGUUUCUCUUCAUAAAGGUGCAUACCAUCAUUGUUUUUUUGAAACACUUGCAAAGAAAGGAAAAGAAUCAAAGGUCCAGACUCUCAAGCUUGUUGGAGUCAAAUACCCCACACCAGCAUCAUUACAUCACCUAGUAGAAGCACUGUGUUCCAUGCCAAAGCUGACUGACUUGACACUUGAAAUGAUUCUCACUGAGGUGUUCUACUCUACAUUGAAAGCAAAGGCAUCAUCCAUACAGGGUUGUUUUCCUCAGAUCAGGAAGGGAAACUUCAGGUUCAAUGGAGUUGAUUGUGAUGACUUGAACUCAUUUCUUCACACCCCCACAUCUUUGGAAAGAACUUUUCGUCAACAAUGUGGGAUAUCACUACCAUCAGACCACCCUCUACAGCAACCCAUGGCUGAUGUACACUCUCCAAGUGGGCCAUUAACACCAUCAGACCACCCUCAACAGCAACACAUGGGUGCUAUGGAUGCUGUAUACUCUCCAAGCGGGCCAUUCCCACCAUCAGACCACCCUCAACAGCAACCCAUGGCUGAUGUACACUCUCCAAGUCGGCCAUUAACACCAUCAGACCACCGUCAACAGCAACCCAUAGCUGAUGUACACUCUCCAAGUGGGCCAUUAUCACCAUCAGACCACCCUCAACAGCAACCCAUAGCUGAUGUACACUCUCCAAGUGGGCCAUUAACACCAUCAGACCACCCUCAACAGCAACCCAUGGCUGAUGUACACUCUCCAAGUGGACCAUUAUCACCAUCAGACCACCGUCAACAGCAACCCAUGGCUGAUGUACACUCUCCUAAAAAGACAUCACCACCAUCAGACCACCCUCAACAGCAUGUUGGCAAUACAUCAGAUACUGUAUUUCAAGUCUCUCAGACUCACAGACAAGGUAGCAGCAGUCAGAGCAGACCUUGCAAGAGGCAAAUUCCUUGUACUCAGUCAAGAGUUCCACAGGAUGAUCCUGGAGUUCCAGAGAAGCAACCAAAGUAUGAAGUCUAGUUGCUAUAGUAUUGGUAGAGUAAGACAAUGUCCCACUGGUAACACUACAUCUUGACUUUUUGUAUAUAUGUACAUGGCUCCACACUUACUUUUGUUGGGGAAACGAGGUUUAAAUCUAACUUUUUACAGUCUGUAUUCAUGAUCCCUGUGUAGAACUUCCAAGUUCGGGGGGUCUUGCCUCUAAAUAGGGGGUCAAUUUUUACUCCUAUGAUCAUGGAUUAUGCCUGUGUAUAGAAGGUGACAAAACCGGUGACUAGUAGUUAUAAUGAUAAUAACAGUGGCUUCUGAUGUAGUACACACGCCCUCAUGCCAUGACACACCGUCAUACCAUGACACUCCUGGCGCUCAAACAUUAUUACCCUGGUACUAGGCGGCGGCCAAAUAUGUAGUGAUUUGGAAUAUCGGGUGCCCAUUUAUACCUGGGUGGAGAGUGGCAAAUGUGGAUUAAUGCCUUGUCAAGGAUGUUAGAGGAUUAGACAGUUCAUGUAGUGCAUGCAUGUAAUAAGUAUAAUUAUGUGGAUUGUAGACUUUUACCAUUUUGUUUUACCGGUAGGUGAUUUGCAUGCAAUGUAUGAAAUAUCACUAUACUUUCACAAAGUGAGUUAUGAGGUUAAGUAUAUAAUAUUUCAAAUUAUCUUGUCAAUUUAUCACUGUAUAUUUUAAUGUCAUUGCACAUGUUCAAUACAAAUACAAUUAAGUACAAUCUAAAUUAACUUGUAAAUUUGUUAUCAGAAAUGACCCAGAUGUUGAGAGACAUGUUGCUUUUGUUAUCUUGUCAACGAACUUGAUACUCAAUAUGAUAGUUGAGAACUAGCUUUGUUUGGUAAGGGUGUAUGAAUCAAGGCAAGAGUUAUCAGUGUUACAUUUUGUUAGACAUGUAUAAUUUUUUGUAAAUUUGUAACUACAUCCAGUUCUAGAUUUUGAAAUCCAAUUGAGGAAAUAUUUCCCAGGAUUUUCUUUACAUCAUUCUAGUGUAAGGUAUAUGUAAAUAUGUUACUAUGAUUUUAAGAUACAUGUCUAUUUUAUCAAUCUAACAUGCCUGAGUUAUUAGUGCAAUAUUUAAUUUGAAAUGGGUUAUUGUUUUUACAUGUUGUAAUUACAUUCACCAGUACUACAUAAUAAAUCCAUUUGAGGAAAUAUUUUCCAGGAAUUUCUUUACAUCACUCCAGUGUACAUGUAAAUAUGCUACUAUAGUUGUACAAUACAUGUUAACUCUCUUUGUAUUAUGUACUGGAUUUCAAUAAUUUUGAUGAUACAUAUUCCAGGCUUUUCAUCACAUCAUUAUCAUUAUGAUUAUGCAAUGGUAUCAUACAUGUAUAUUCUGAACUUGUAAAUGUUUGCCAUACUUGUAAAUAAGUUUUAAUAUUUUAAUAAGUUUGCAUUUCUGAUUGGCUUAUAAGCUACAGACGUAGACACUACACUUAUGAGCAUUCCGUUACCUUGCCUUUUGAUCAGCAUCCUCUUCUGAUUAAGUGAUGGCAUUUAUAUAAUCCACUCUGAUUUUCAUAAUUGACAAUGCAAAUCGCUCAGAUCUGUGAGUUUAUUCUGAAUUAUGUCAUGCAAAAGGAUGUAUUAAAUAGGUCUUUCUAUGUAUAUUGGAUGAUCAUGAAUUUC